UCAGGAGUCAUUUAGCUGCCGUACACGAGGCUGUGCGGUUGUAUUUAUAAAAACUUUGAACAAACACACAGAGAGAGAAAGCCUAACCCUCUGUAAGUGAUGAAGAACUCAGAAGCUGUGCUGCAGGCUGCAGAUGUUUGUUGUGAUCAGGAAAAUAACGUACCAAAGGCACAGAGCAGCUGAUGGAGUCUAUCAGCAGUGGAUACUUGGAGGCCUGUGUAUCAUUGAAGGUGGGUCAGUGUGCAGAGCAUACAGAAGAAAGGAGACAUGGCUUGUACAUCACAGUCUGCCUUACAGUACAUCAAGAGUGCCAGACGCCACCUUGUGGGAGAAUUAACAAAUCUCUCUGUGAUUGUGGAGAACUUGUAUCAGCAAGAAGUUCUCGGAGAUGAAGAGGUCAGUAAAAUACAAGCAGGGACUGAUGACUAUGAUAAAACCAGAAACAUACUGGACUCAGUCAUAAAAAAAGGGGAAGACGCCUGCUAUGAGUUACUCAGGAUUAUUGACAUGACGAGAAAGAGGACCUUAGGGAGACCAUCGCUCCCUGAGAAAAAGAGUGUCACUUCAACUGAGACCAAAAAGUUUGACCUGCACCACUGGAUCAGCUGCUUUUCUUUCCAAGAAGACACACAAAUGGAUACAAACUACUUACAAGGUCCAAAGCCAUGUCACAAAUAUCAGGCAAAGUUGAAGUCAAAAGCACACAAAUUAUCAAAUAAGUUUUGGAUGGUAAGCAAAAAACUGUUUGAAGAAAACAACAAGCCUAACCUGUUGUACACUCCACUUGUAUUGGACACACAAGGAAAGGUUUCCCCAUCUAAAAUAAAAAAAACAAAAAGCAAGAAAAGCAAGAAGAGUCGCCCUAAGAAGCUAAGGACAUACAUCCCUGAGGACAAACCAGAAAUUUCCCCCAGUGACCUGCUGAAAACAGAUAAAGACAUACUCUUGGUUGGAAAGCCUGGAAUUGGAAAGACAGCACUCUGUCAUGAAAUGUUGAGACUCUGGGCAGAAAGAGAGAACAAGGAGCUAGAUUACAUGUUUUACUUUGACAUGAGAGAAACAUCCCAUAUCACAGCAGCCACGAGCCUGGAGGAUCUUCUUUUCGGGGUGUUCAGUGAACCAGUAGAAGGCAAAGAAGAGAUCUUACAGGAUAUAAAGAAGAACUCUGACAAUGUUACAGUCAUUUUUGAUGGAAUCACAGAUCUCAGCUCUUCAUCUGUGGUGCAGAAACUUGUGGAGAAGGACCUGCUGCCUGAUGCAAAGUUAAUUAUAACAUGCAGACUGGAUGAUGAUGAUGAUGAUGAAGACUUCUUUGCUGGAGACUUUCUCAGAGUAGAAGUGAGAGGCUUCAGUGAACGGACCAUAAAAACAUACUUAUCUGCAAUGCUUGGUGAGGAACAGAAGAAGGUUUUGUGCAACUUGGAGUUGUUAACUCUUUGCCAUGUCCCAAUGUAUGCUCUGAUGGUAGCUGCUUGCUUUUCAUCAGAGACAUCAGAAGACUCUCCACAGCCCUGCACUAUAACUGACAUAUACAUCAAAAUCGUCCGUUUUUGCCUUCAAAUGAACAGCAAAACAAAAACCAGAAAUCUUAAUUCCUUUAUCAGCAACAAGAGGGAGGAAAUACUGUCUCUGGCUGAGGUUGCUUUUCUUGCAACUGAAGGAAAAACUGUGAACUUGACAGAACUGCUCCAUGAAGACAGCUGUGUCCAUUCCUUCCUGAAACCACUUGUCAUCAAUGUCGAACCUACUAAGACAAUAACCAGAUAUGCAUUUCUCCAUUACACAAUGCAGGAGUUUUUUGCAGCACUGUGGCUCUUGAAGAAUGCAGAGAAAAUCAAGGUUGUUUUUCAGCAAUGCCUCACUGAGGAGAAGAAACACAUGAAACAUUUGAUCCCUUUUAUGUGUAGAUUGUUGAAUGAGAAGAACCCUACUUUGAUUGAAAGUCUGAUUCCAGCUCAGGAGCUCAAGAAUACAUCUACCUGGUUCUUCAAGGAGGUGAUAACCACAUUUUUCCCUCGUCUGUGUGACCAAGAUGAGACUGAUUCUGAGGACAGUAGGCUCAAUGUCGACAUACUGUUCUUAUGCCAGUGCUUGUAUGAGUCCCAGUGUCCUGAAGCAUGUCUCCACUUUCUGGACAAACUGGACUACCGUCUUGAUCUCAGUGGAGAGAGUCUUGAUCCCCACCAUUGCUGUGCUGUGUCCUAUGUGGUCACUGAGUCAAAGGAGAGGAAAACAUGGCUGAACCUUGAGGACGCAGUGGUGUCAGAACAAGGAAUGAGACGACUACUUGGAUGCCUUAAAAAUGUUCAAUGGUGUGACCCUUUGCCACGGCAGCUGUGGAAGAUUUUCCUUCUCAGUGAGGAGCAGAUGGACCACAUUAGUUUACUUGGCUUUGAUGGGAAUCAGUUGCACCUUCCAGUUAAAGGUGAAAGACAGCUGUUUGAGAGAGCAGUAAAAGUCAUGCAGAAGAUUACUACGAAGGUUAAUGUCUGCCUCUACUGGGACAGGGCUACUCCUGUCUGCCAAAGUCUGUGUGAGUCCCUCUUAGAGGCUUUGCCAAACAUCAGCUCACUCAGUUUCAAGAGGAUCUACAGAGAUCCAGGUUUACAGGACCAGGAGCGAUGCCAUGAGACACUGGAGAGAGAAGAAAAGGACCUGUUACUGGAUUUAUGCCUGAAAGCAGCACUUUAUAAAGGAGAAAUAUUUCACAAUGUAGUGAAUAUGCUCGUCUCACUGUUUUCUGUGGACACUGACUUAAAUAACAUCCUUCUUGAUUUUUAUCAACACAUCAAGAGUAAAGAUUGUUUAAAUAUCAUUCCAAAAGUACAGCAACUUUUCCAGUCACCUACAUACUGGUCCAUAAACCUGUCAGAGAGAAAGGUCUCCAUCCUGCUGGAAGUGCUGAAACUCCAAUCAGAGAAGAAAGAAGUCCUUUGA